AUGUGGGUUUCAUCAAAACCAUCUCUUUCCGAUUCCUCUUCCUUAUCCUUCCGAUCUGUUCUCAACCCACUUCCUCUCCCGAAUCACAACUCCUCUCCUUCGAGAUCUUCCUCUGUUUCUCCGAUCCAAUCCUCUCUCCGUGACCUCAGAGACAGAAUCGAUUCAGUCAAAAACACUCAGAAGAUCACCGAAGCGAUGAAGCUUGUCGCUGCGGCAAAAGUCAGGAGAGCUCAAGAAGCUGUCGUCAACGGACGGCCGUUCUCAGAAACCCUAGUGGAAGUUCUCUACAACAUCAACGAACAGCUUCAAACCGAUGACAUCGAUGUGCCCUUAACCAAGAUCAGACCGGUUAAGAAAGUGGCACUCGUCGUCGUCACCGGAGACCGUGGAUUGUGCGGCGGAUUCAACAAUUUCAUCAUCAAGAAAGCAGAGGCGAGGAUCAAGGAGCUCAAAGGUCUAGGUCUUGAUUACAUAGUCAUUAGCGUGGGGAAGAAGGGAAACACGUAUUUCCUCCGCCGUCCGUACAUCCCCGUCGACAAAUUCCUCGAAGCCGGAACUUUGCCGACGGCGAAAGAAGCUCAAGCUGUGGCCGAUGAUGUCUUCUCUCUGUUUAUCAGCGAGGAGGUCGACAAAGUCGAGCUCUUGUACACAAAGUUUGUGUCUUUGGUCAAAUCAGAACCCGUGAUCCACACGCUACUACCUCUGUCGCCUAAAGGAGAGAUCUGUGACAUCAAUGGGAACUGUGUGGAUGCUGCGGAAGACGAAUUGUUCAGGUUGACGACGAAAGAAGGGAAAUUGACUGUUGAGAGAGAGACUUUUAGGACACCAACCGCUGAUUUCUCGCCGAUCUUGCAGUUCGAGCAAGAUCCUGUUCAGAUUCUUGAUGCUUUGUUGCCUCUGUAUCUUAACAGUCAGAUUCUUAGGGCUUUACAGGAGUCGUUGGCGAGUGAGCUCGCAGCUAGAAUGAGUGCAAUGAGUAGUGCUUCUGAUAAUGCAUCGGAUCUUAAGAAAUCGCUCUCCAUGGUGUAUAACAGAAAGCGUCAAGCUAAGAUUACUGGUGAGAUUCUUGAGAUUGUUGCUGGAGCUAAUGCUGCACAGGGUUGA